UCUUUCUUUAAUCCCCCCUAUUGAAUGCCAUUUAAUUAAAACUUGUUUAGGCCUUUUGCUCGCUCAUUUGCAUGAGAGCUCAAAACGAAAAUCUACACUCCAAUCCCCAGAAAUCCCAUCUCUUAUUCCAUUUUUUCUUAAAAUAAAAUCAAAUUCCCUCCUCUUUAUCAGCCGCUAAAAAUUUUCCCAGAAAAUGAGGUGGGAAAGGCUUCAGUUGCAGCAAACAUACCCACAACAAGGAGCUCAACAGCCUCUUAAGAGUAAUGGGCCAGGCAAGAGGUGGGGGCAUACAUGCAAUUCCGUUAAAGGAGGGAGGUUUCUUUAUGUUUUUGGUGGCUAUGGCAGAGAUAACUGCCAGACCAACCAAGUUCAUGUCUUUGACACUGCAAUGCAGACUUGGAGCCAACCAGUGAUAAAAGGCACACCUCCAACUCCGAGGGACAGCCACAGUUGUACUACUGUUGGUGACAAUCUGUUUGUGUUUGGUGGCACUGAUGGGAUGAACCCUCUUAAGGAUCUGCAUAUAUUAGAUACUUCAUCACAUACAUGGAUUUCUCCAACAGUUAGAGGAGAGGGACCAGAGGCACGGGAGGGCCAUAGUGCUGCCCUUGUUGGCAAACGUCUCUUCAUAUUUGGUGGCUGCGGAAAAUCUUCAAAUAAUAACGUUGAAGUGUAUUACAAUGAUAUUUUCAUAUUAAAUACAGAAACAUUUGUCUGGAAACAAGCAGCUACAUCUGGCACUCCCCCUUCUGCACGUGAUAGCCAUACCUGCUCAUCUUGGAACAACAAAAUCGUUGUGGUUGGUGGUGAAGAUGGGCAUGAUUAUUAUUUGUCUGAUGUACACAUUCUAGAUGCAGAAACUCUUGUAUGGAAGGAGCUCAACACCACAGGCCAGAAAUUGCCACCUCGAGCUGGUCAUUCUACUGUUGCUUUUGGCAAGAAUUUAUUUGUUUUUGGGGGAUUUACAGAUGCUCAAAAUCUGUAUGAUGACCUAUACAUGCUUGAUGUUGACACUGGUAUAUGGACAAAGGUGAUGACUACAGGAGUUGGACCUUCUGCAAGAUUUUCUGUGGCAGGGGACUGUUUAGAUCCUCAGAUCAGUGGUGUCUUGGUGUUCAUAGGUGGUUGCAAUAAGAAUCUUGAGGCACUGGAUGAUAUGUUUUACUUGCAUACAGGACUUACAAGCAUACGAGAUGAACGGCGGCUAGAAAAAUUAUCAUUAAGAAAGCAAUUGAAGCUAAAGUGCCAAGAACAAAUUCUUAAUUCUCCUGUAAAUGAUAAAGCUUUGGUUAGAAUUGACACAAGUACUGAUUUCCACCACACUGUGCCAACUUAUGCCCAACCAAGUGUAGAGAAUUUGCAAAUGAGUCAAGCACAACUUCAUCAAGGAAAGAAGAUAUUUCAAGCCAAAGUUACUGAAAGCUUUCCCCAUGGUUAUACCAUUGAAACCAUCAUAGAUGGGAAGCCUCUACGUGGAAUUUUAUUUGCCAACAAGCCCAUUACCACCCAGAUGGUUAAUAAUAAUAAUACUCGGAAAAGGGUUGGUGGGCAAAUUGGCAGCAGUAUGUUGAAUGGUGAUCACAACAACAAAUCAAAAGCUUCUAGAACCCUCAGGCAGGAUGCACUAGACCACAUGCAACCGGACAAUGCUCUCGGUAAGGAGACUGCAACGCAUGAACCCAAGACAGAAGAAGCUGUUACUCCUGAUUCAAAGAAUCUACCAUCUUCUGAUGUUUCUCAGAUAUGCAAGGCCCCUGCAAACCCAGAAUCAUCUGUAGCUCCUCUGAAUUUAAAUGAUGAUAUGAUAAGUGAUGCACCAAAUUCAAGUGCUAAAUUUCCGGAUGUAGAUGGGGGCUCUUUCACUUCUUCGCUAAGUCAAGGUGGCAGGACAACAACUGUGGAAGUAGAGGGUGAUCCAGGGAAUUCGGUUUCAUUUGUGAACACUUGACCAACUCUACAAAACCACCUGGCCUUGUACAUUAGUGACUCAAAAAGGUGAUUCAUAGAUGCGGUUGACUGGUGAUGCACAGAUUCUGCUAACUGGUGUGAUCUACGCUUUUUCUUUCUGCACCAACAAAUAGUCUCUUCUAGAGUUAAACAAACACUACCUGUUCUAAUACUAUGAUUGACUGUGUUUAUUAUAUUUUUGUUUUAUGAAACUUGCUAUGCUUUGAUUAGUUACUGCUCCAGAUCUGACUACUCGCCAUGAUGACAAGGAAAAGAGAUUUUGCUUAUCAGAAAUCAGUGACUGUAAUGGGUAGCUCUUUUCUGUGAACAGAAUUUUGUUCUCAAAGUAGCUAGCUCAAGUAGACUUGAAGUAGGUCACCUUUCAGCUUCAGUAAAGUUUAUUAUUAUGUCUUAGGUUAUAGUUUCAAAGAAAUUGCACGAAUUUUUUCCCUUUAUUAGUUUAUUUAUUUUUAUUUUGUAUUUCUUUCUCUAAAGAGGAAGUGAAUUAUGGGAUACAAUUUUUACAGCAGUGAUGGAAGUUCUUUUAUUCA